AGUCAGCCGUGUUGGGCAAUAACAAACCACCCCCAGAUUUGCAUUGGGAGUCGAGAGUUUAGGGAAAUGGCAAAGGGCUGAACGCCUCCGAGGGGUUCGGAAUUAAUCUUUUUCGAUAUGUGGAAUGUUGCAGAAUAGCGCCGAGGAUGUGGCGGAGCACUCCUUGAAGAGAUACGACAGUGCAGAAAAAAGGGGGAAGUGGCUGUGCAGAGAAGGGGGGAGGUGUUUCCUUUAGAGGUUGAUGUUUCUGACUUGUAGGCACAGCAGAUCACGCCCUCUCUUUACUCGUUGCUAAUAUUUUUUAAAGACUUUAAAACAGCACCGAGACCAUUCGUACGCGUCCUAUGUACCGUCUCGAAUAGAGUGCCUGCAGUUGGCCACCGUGUGCUUUCUUUUUCUGUCACGUGAAGUUCCUGGACCUCUCCGUCAGCUUGCUUCGGCCGCCGCACUUUUGAAUGGAGUUUGGGCAGCACAGGUGAAGUUGGGGGUGGGUGGGGGGGUGCUGGCAUGAGGAGCUGAAGGCGAGGAAGAGGCAAGAAGAAGUGAUCAACGGAAUUGUUGCAGUUCCUUCUGACUUGAAGAUUACGGACGAGGGGUCCGUGGCCGAAAGGAGUGGGUUGGCAGCCUCGUGUCUGCGUGCCAGUGAAGCGAUCGCCGGUCAAGGAAGGCAAGCGUACAGUUCCAUCCAACAACCUGCCCAUUCGCCCCUGUCAAAAUGAAGAAAUUUUCUCGUAUGCCAAAGUCGGAGAGCGGUGGCCUGGGGGGAGGAUGCGGUUCCGCUUCGGGCUCUGGAGUCACCAGCUACAUCGGGAGGGUGUUUGCUGUGGGCCGGUACCAGGUCACUGUGGAGGAACUCAUUGCCGAAGGUGGAUUUUCUAUUGUGUUCCUUGCUCGGACCCAUAGUGGAGUACGCUGUGCUUUAAAAAGAAUGUAUGUCAACAGUAUACCUGAUGUUAAUAUAUGCAAGCGGGAGAUAACAAUUAUGAAAGAGCUUUCUGGUCACAAGAAUAUAGUGGGAUAUUUAGACUCUGCCAUUACUUCUGUUGGCGACAGUGUCUGGGAGGUGCUUAUACUCAUGGAGUUUUGUAAAGCAGGUCAAGUUGUGAAGCAAAUGAAUCAAAGGCUGCAAACUGGGUUCACUGAGGCUGAGAUCUUAAAAAUAUUCUGUGACAUCUGUGAAGCUGUUGCCAGGUUACAUCAGUGCAAAACUCCAAUCAUUCACAGGGAUCUCAAGGUUGAAAACAUUUUAUUAAAUGAUCAUGGCCACUAUGUCCUUUGUGACUUUGGUAGUGCGACCCACAAAGUUCUUAAUCCACAGGUGGAUGGAGUUACCAUUGUAGAAGAUGAAAUAAAAAAAUACACAACACUGUCAUACAGGGCUCCAGAAAUGAUAAAUCUUUAUGGAGGAAAGUCAAUUACUACCAAGGCUGAUAUAUGGGCACUUGGCUGCUUGUUGUACAAGCUUUGUUUUUUUACCCUCCCAUUUGGGGAGAGUCAAGUUGCAAUCUGUGAUGGAACGUUUACUAUCCCAGAUAAUUCCAAAUAUUCUUCUAAACUUCACUGUUUAAUUCGAUAUAUGCUUGAACCAGAUGUAGAAAGAAGGCCAGAUGUCUACCAAGUUUCAUAUUUUACUUUUAAGAUGGCUAGAAGAGAGUGUCCUGUGCCAAAUAUUUCUAACUCUGCUAUCCCAUCAUUUCUUCCGGAUCCCAUGACUGCCAGUGAGGCAGCUGCUAAAAAAAGCACGACGAAGGCCAGAAUAAGUGAAUCAGUAGGACCAACAGAAACUUCAAUUGCACCAAGACAGAGACCAAAGGCUGCUUCCAAUACGUCAAACACAAAUGUGUUGCCAAUUCAGAACUCUGUAACUCCAGUAAAAAUGUCUAUUUCUGCUGGAAAUCUUAGCAAUGGACAACAAGCUUUUCAGGGGCCUGGAACUGGGCAUUGCACACCUCAAACUCAGGGUAUCAGUCAACAGCACAGAGUGCUGCAACAACUUCAACAAGGAGAUUUGCGUCUUCAACAGCUUCAACAGUUGCAUCAUCAUCAUCAUCAUCAGCAGCAGCAGCAACAAAUGCAACAAGCAUAUAUACAACAGCAGCAUCCACAUGUUGUCCAGCAGCAAUAUAUACUUCAGCACCAGAUGAUGAUGUUGCCGGCAUACCAACAACAAGCUCAUUAUGCUGCAAUGAUGCAACAGUAUCAGCAUGCAAUUAUUCAGCAACAUCAGCAGCAUCAGCAACAGCAGCAACAGUUUAUCACCUCACCUCAAGAAUUUUCAAAGUCUUUAGCUUUUUCACCAGUUGUGUCAAGUCAACCUCACACAGCUGCAGAUGGAUCUUUUAAUAGCACAAGGACUGGCUUAAUAGACACCGAUAUCAUUGGUGUCCCUUUGCAGAGUGUCAGUAAUCCUCCAGAUAUGUCGGGGUGGAAUCCAUUUGGAGAGGACAACUUCUCCAAGCUAACAGAAGAUGAACUUCUGGAUAGAGAAUUUGACCUUCUUAGAGCAAAAAAACCUGAAGAAAGAAGCUGCCUAGACACUAAGCUGGAAACUCAUCAUUCAUCACCCAACCCAGUUCAAGAGGACCUUUUUGGCUCUGUUCCCUUUGUUUCCACUCCAGGCUCCAGCUUAGAGCAUCCAGAAGAGGCCACAGCAAAGCCAGGGGUUGUUGCAGAGAGCCAUGGAAAAGCAGAAAAGCAGGGCCAGCUGUCCAAAGAACAUAAGGGAGGCAAAAAAAGUGGUCCUUCUGGGCAACAAACCCGAAGAGGAGGAGAGGACUCAGACAGUGACUUUGAGUCAGAUCCUCCUUCUCCAAAAAGCAGUGAGGAAGAGGAGCAGGAAGAUGAAGAAGCCUUAAACAGUGAGCACGGGGAGUUUAAUGAUAGCAAUGACACAGAGCCAGAAAAUUUUGGGCAGAGACCCCUUCUGAUGGAUUCUGAGGAAGAGGUUGAGGAUGAAGAGGAGGACAAGCGUAGCUCAGAUUCUGAUAUUGACUUUAGGAAGAAAAAGCUUCCAGGAGUCGGCCUGGGAACUGAUCAAGUGGUUGGUGGAAGUGGGAAUCCUGCCAACAACCAAAUAAUAAUGCCACAAGACCCUGGUAUGGAGGCAGGAGCCGCCUUAAAGGCAGAAGUGGAUGUGUUUGGUGCUGUGCCUUUCCUUAGAACUGAACAGACCAAGACCUCUGCAGAUAACAUGGACAUAUUUUCUCAAGCACCAUUUCAGUCGCCCACCACUGAGCAAAAUAUGGAUGAAUUUGAUGUAUUUACCAAAGCGCCAUUUAAUAGAAGUUUAUCCAAACCUGGGAACCCAGGAGAAGCAGCACUCUUCCAGUCCCCACCAGUUUCUCCGGACAGCAUCGAUAUUUUUGGCUCAAUUCCUUUCCAGCCACCCCAUCCAUUUCCUGCUUCUGGCAAUAAAGAAGACAUUUUUGGGCAGGAGCCAUUUGAAGACCGUUCAACACCUCACCAGCAAAAAACAAAGCAGAGGAGUCUACAAAAACUUUCCUCCAGACAAAGACGUACAAAACAAGAAAAUACAAGUGGAAACGGGAAGCGACACCAUGGCACUCCCACCAGUGGCAGGAAAACCACAAAAACGAACUAUCGUACCCCGGAGCGCGUACGCAGACAUAAGAAAGUGGGAAGACGAGAUUCUCAGAGCAGCAAUGAGUUUUUGAACACGUCAGACUCAAAAGAGAAUAUCAGUUUGGCGCCACCGGAUUCAAAAGAUAUAGGGCCACCAUUGCAGCCUGAAGAAACAAUACUGGACCUGUUUGGUGCAAAGCCAUUCCAUCCACCAGAGAGUGGCAGACUCCCACAGCACCAAGGUUUAGGAGACAACAGAGGAGAUCUCAACUUGAGUGGUGGGAGGCCUAGACAAAGUUCACUCCAUGGUUCGUUUCAUGGUGGAGAUGGGUUAAAAACAGAUGAUUUUGGAGCCGUGCCCUUCACAGAACUUGUAGUACAGAGUGCCCCCCAGCAGGCAGCGCAGGUUGAGCUCGAUCCUUUCGGAGCAGCUCCUUUUCCCUCUAAACAAUAGUCUUCCAGAACAAAUGUGCAAGGCCUGCCGCUUCUCUGCUUGGGCUGUCAUGGGAUUGUAACUUCAGUGUUUUAGUGUUGCAGCCAAAACCAAUUAUUUGAAACAAGCAGCAAAAGUGUCAAAACCGUGGAUAAAAACGGAUCGAUUAUCUUUUCAUACACAACCUACCACAAGUGCUAAAAUUACUAUAGAAUAUAUAAGUAGACUCUGAGUAGGCAACUAACGUUCACCUGACAAGCCUUUAUGCACUCAUAACGUGCAAUUCACAGGACUGCUUAAAGCUGAAAAAUGGAUGUGAAUGCCUCAUUUAGGAUGACCGAAAUCUUACUGUGACAAUGAGCCUGCACCGUUAUUCACUGCUUAAAGAUGACUGGCUGCAAAGCUCUAUGGGAAGGCUUCUGAACAUUUCAGUAACAUUCAUUUCACACCGCAGUGCCUUAUGGCCACAGCUCCACCCUGCUGCACAGAACCUCUGAGCCAAAACAGAAAAGGCCGACACUGGCUUCUCACUUUCCUUUACGGUUCAUUCAAACCGAGCCUUGAAGUUUCAUUUUGCUUCAUUCUGUCUGUUUUUUCUUUCAUUUUCAAGCAUAUUUUUAACAGACUACUUUUUUUUUUUUUUAUAUAUUUUUUAUUUUAGCAGUAAAACCUUUUCUGCCAUUUCUUUCCAACUUUAACUGAAAGGAACAUUUUAAUUACAACUGUUGAACACUGGUCUUCACUAAGAAGACCGUAACAGUGGUUGGAAAAAAUAUAUACUAGAAACAACAAGUGUUGUUUGUGUUAGAUAAAUUAUUAAAAAAAACUUGAUUUCUGCUGUGAUUUUUUAGGUGAACCACUAAACGUCUCUUACUGGAUUUUUCUGUUAGGCAAUAGUCUGCGAUGCCACUUGGUUAUAAUUCAUGGGAGGUAACAAAGCAAUACAAAAGGUGGCGGGCGGCUCUUGAAAAGGAGGCAAAAACAAAAGUAUUCUCAAAGGGUCUGAACAUACGGAGUCAAAGGACGUCAAGUGUAUUUCAAAUCUUGAAGCUGGAGAGGAUUAAAAGUCUUUUCUUUUGCGCGUCAUCAUCACGCCCCGCGAUUGAUUUUCUUAAUAAUCAAGCACCCAGCUGUACACUGUAAUUUUGCACAUUUUAUAUUACUGUCCAGAGUCAUUUUCUAGGUCUCUACAACUCUUAACUGGGUUGUGAUAACCCAUAAUCAGAGCAUGGGCAUCAUUUUUUAUUAAAAGGGAAAUCAAACCAUUGCAGGAGAACCAGAAUCAAGUUAAGUUUCUUAAAGUCCUUCAUACUGCUGGUAUGCAAAACAAGUGCACUUUUCGGACACUCACUUGUUCUAAAGUUGUUCGUACUUGAAAGUAUUUUUUAAGGUAUAUUCUUGUAUUGACACAUUCAUUAAUUUGACAGCUGUAACGAUUGAACACCUCACAGGAAUAUUUAAUCAUUUGAAGCCAAUUAAUAUGUUGAACCGAAAAGUCAAAGGCUGCUGCUUUUUUUGUUUUUUUUUAAUGGAAUAACAGACUGAACUUUCCACCAGUUACGAGUUUUUUUUUUCUUCUGGUUAUUUUUAUCAUGCUAUUCUCCUGUCUAAUACUGCAAUAAAUAAAGUGGGUCAAAGCAUUA